UCUUCAUCAUCAGGGCAGGCGUCGGAAAGUAUCUGCUGAAGCAAGAUGGUGAAGGGCCGCCAAGGAGAACGCGUCAGACUCUACACGAGAGGAACGAUUCUCGGCUACAAAAGGUCGAAGUCGAACCAGUAUCCAAAUACAUCGUUGAUUCAAAUUGAGGGAGUCAACACUAAGGAGGAAGUAGGAUGGUACCAAGGGAAGCGCAUGGCGUACAUAUACAAAGCAAAGGUGAAGAGAAACGGAUCACAUUAUCGUUGCAUUUGGGGGAAAGUUACCAGGCCUCAUGGUAACACCGGUAUCGUACGUGCAAAGUUCAAGUCAAAUCUCCCUCCCAAAUCCAUGGGAUCUAGGGUUAGAGUCUUCAUGUACCCAAGCAAUAUAUAAGCUGCCCUACUCUCCGGUUAGAGGACAUGUCUCCGUACAUCUCACUCCCUCUCUAGACCCCACUUCUAGGUAGGACAUACUAGGUGGGUUUGGUCUACGGUUCAGUGUUUUUCACCAUCGCAUUGUCUGUAUAUUGAAUAUUUGUGUAUGUUCUUGUGACUGAUUUAUUCUCCUGGUUCUUCAAUUUUAUGCAUGCUUGAUUAUGUUUAUAGGAUCUUGUGUUCUUUA